AUGCAGAAUUUUUCAGAAGAAAGCCUUUGUCGAGUUAAAACUGUAGAUUUUGGUUGUAUACCCGUGGAUACUGUCUCUGAAAAAUAUAUUUACAUUACGAAUUUAACGGACAAAGCCUUGACAUACCGCAUUUCUCUGACGUAUAUUUUGAACAAUAUCGACCGUGUGUUUAACGUUUCGGUGUCGUCCGCGCCGGUCAAGCCUGGUGGUACAGCAGACGUGAAGAUCGUCUUUCGCCCGAAUGUCGUUGGGCAGUCCUUCACAGACUACUAUAUAAUCGACGACACGCUUGGUAAUACUUACCGGCUGACAGUUACUGGAAUGUGUUUUGGUCCGGAAGUGACUCUUAGCAGACGGAAGCUCAAGUUUAAAGUCUGCAGGAAUGUAGACGAACAAAGGAAGGAAGUCAUCAAUAUGAUCAAUACGUCUCCAGUUGAUACUACUUACCAAUGGUUGCUACCGCACGGGGGACAGGGGUCCUUUCAAGUCUCUACUGGAAACUGCGGUCUUAUCAGAGCAUUUGAAUCAAUAACAAGCACUAUUAUCUUCAAUGGUAUAGCUCUGGGCGUUUAUACAGCGGAAUUAGUGUGUUUAGUUUUGCAUCAGGAACCGCUGUUCUUGAAUGUUGUAGCCACGGUGGUUCUCCCAGCAAAUCCUCUUUUCGAUCUGAACGAUCAUGUGUUCGAAAAAGGGUUUAGACACAUGUCUCGUACAGGUCAUUUAAUGGAGAAUAGUCUGAACCGCCUGAGUUACAUACCUCCAGCAUCAGUGUUUGAAAGAUAUCUCGAUUUUGGUAGCGGAUCUGUUAAUGAUAUCACCAAGAACAUUUCGCAGACACUUUGCGUCACAAAUCAUGACCCUGAGGAAGGUUAUAUUCAGUGGAUUUCAGAUCCGUAUAAUAUUUUUAUAAUCGACCCUGUUGCUGCUGUUAUACCGCCUAAUGAGUCCAAGUUGUUCACAGUUAGAUUCAGGCCUAAAUUAGAAAACGAGGUAUACGGAUACCUAAUGUGUGGAGAUUACCAACAAAAAAUAUACAGUAGAGAUCAGAGGAAACUGAAACACAUUACCUUUCGUAUACCAUGCGUUGGUAACACCUGGGCCCCUUGCACAGAGUGGACGACAGAAUGGGACUGUCCUACCGAGGUAGUCCUGCCGCCAACGGUUCCAGCUCGAACAACGUUUACGAAUUUUAUGUUAUCGAACAGAUUGGAUAUACCCAUGUACUUCAAAUUUGAAGCGCCUUAUGGAACGAACUUUGCCGUGAUGCCAAUGUGUGGAAUCUUACCAAGUCGUGGUUGGCAUAUUAUAACGGUGGCGCUAGAACCUAAAUCUUUUGGAGAUUAUUACGAGACAUGGGAUUUGAUUAUCAAUAAAGUGCAAAAGGUUCGCAUAUGCCUGUGUGGAAACGCAGAGAUCAGUCAAGUGGAGAUCAUGUCUCACGGCUACAACCCCAACACUCACGCCAUGUUUGAGUUCCAACCCACCACUACCGGUGCCACUAACUACUGUACCGCUUACUUCCACAACAUAACCCGUAUGGAGAUACACAUGAGAGUGAUAUGCCACGUAUCGUGGCUGGGAGCUGAUAAUUGUGGUACAAUAGUUCUGCCUCCGAAAGAGAUCGUCCGUUACCACUGGUGGUUCUUCCCUAAGAAGCCGGAUCUUGUUUACGAUACCUACGUCACUUGCUCUUGCGUCUGUUUGAUUGAUGGCAAACCUGUGGGUGAGCCAUCAGAGUUAUACGUUCACAUAUUUGGAUUUUCCGAGUACCCGAAUUUAAGAAUAAUACCGAAAAAGAAAAAUCUUCAUGACAUAGUAGUUGGAGAGAGUGUAAGCGUCACAUUGACUUUAUAUAAUUAUGGAUCCUGCUAUUACACUUCAAAGCUGUAUUAUUUGAUAAACGGUAUGGGAGACGAUUGGAGUGGGGACAGAUUUGAAAUCGACUGUCCUGUGAAUAGUCUCAAGCCGAAUAAACUCUGCAAUGUGACUUUCACUGUGGUACCCGAUGGAGCUGGAUCUAGACAGAUUGACAUCAAAUACACGGUGCUGUUCAGAACAGAAUACGAUGAAAUUGAAGAAAUCCAGCCCAUUACGAAGACCAUUUGCAAAAUAUGGUACGAUGGUAUAUACCCCACUAUCAAGAUAAAGAGGACGAUAGCAGUAGUGUGUCCUGUUAUCUUUAGCAAUCAUUGCGUUUGGAACCUUAGCAAUGUAGAUGACUUAAAUAGAGCUUUAGAAGAAUGUCGGCCUCACGAAGCCUUGAGCGUAACAUUAUUUGCUCCCGAGCUUUGUAUGAGGUCUGGUGUCGUGGAGCUAAUAUUCGUGAUGGGUUGUUUAUAUAACGUCCCAGUACCUUGGAGCCUUCGUAGAGAGAAAGUGUGCGAAUGUGAAAUGGUUGAAGUAAAACUUGGCCUUUCCACUUUCGAGAUGAGGCACACCUGCCAUCAUCGAGAAUUGGUUGAGAUAUCACCGCUGUCAGGGAUUGUAUCGAAAGAGAAUCCCGGUAUGUUAAGCAUAAAGUUUAAUUACAAACUGGAAGGGCUAAAUACUCUGUGCUAUGUGAUGACGAUGCCCAAUCAGAGAGUUCUACACAUUAACGUCAAUAUCGUAGCCCAUCUCAAUACUAAAGGUAUCUUGACACCUUUGCGUCGACCAAAAGACGACCCUGACUACUUGGUUGUAUUGGAUUGCGGAAAGGUACCGAUAAACAAUUUAGAUGCGGUUAUAAGAGUGGCUUGGUUAUAUAACCCUACGGAUGUGUUUACAACGUGGCGUCUCUUGCGUGGAAAUACUAUAACUGUGGAUACAACAAUACGAUGCUUACUCUAUUUUGCUGAAGUUCCACCUCUUGGGAAACUAGCUAUUCCUUUCGCAUUUAUGCCAACGGAAAUGAUUGACUACGACAUGACAUUUUUAUGCUCCUUCGGAUAUGAUACGGAAAAAAUCCGAGUUAUAGGUCAAGGAGGUUUGCCCAACUGUGUGGAAACCAGACUAGAUAUUCCAUUUUACAUGGAGAAGGUUAUACGAUCCGCAUACAGAAACGAAGUCGUUUAUCUAUCGACGGAACAUAUCACUAUGCCAAUAAUGGCUACACAUUCCCUGUCUAGAGAUAUAAUAUCAAUUUGCAAUGAGACAGAUCAUAUUUAUAGAUUCAUUUGGCUGCCAGAGAGGAUCGCAAACAUAGUGAACAUAGUAAUGACACCAUGUUGGGGAGUGAUCCAACCGAAGACCUCGGAAUGGAUCACGAUGACCGUUUAUACUCUUCAAGAACCUGCCACUUUCACAACCUGUGUGGCCUGUGAGCUUUUAGAUCUGACUGAGCGCAGACGCUACCAACGCAAUGAGCUCCUUAGAAGAAAUAAAAUAGAGAAAUGUCACCAAGAAUUUAUUAUUACUGAAAAGGGUUUUUUUCACCCGAAUAUAAACGAUUCUCCACCGUACGUAUUGGAUUUAGUGAAGCCACAACCAAACUAUGUGGCAUUGACGGUAUCCGUGUCAUCGAAAGGACAGAGGGACGGAGUACCAAGGAUGCUUUUGAACCAAAUGUGGGAACGGACUCCACCAUACGACAUGCUAUCUUCGGAUGAAAACGACUUCGGUAUGGGCGACAAGGCUUCUAGCGAAAAUAACAUGACAUCGAUAGACGUACUGAGAAUUAUUGAUGGAAUACUAUGGGAUGCCUUACACAGCAAAAUGUUCAAGAACCAAAUCAAAUACUAUGCGAAGGAGGAAAUACCUACCUACUCCCAGUUAGUAAAGAAGUUGGAAAGUGAUGUCAAGCCGCGCUUGAGUAGACGAGUAACUUCUGGAAUUUGCGACGCUAUUGUCAACAAAGCAGUUUUCCACGUUUAUGGAUUAAAUCCGAAACGUGACUCUUCAUAUUUGGAAGCAGCAGAAGAAGAAGAAUAAACGAUUUUCCUUUUUAUUUAGUUAUUAUGAAGACAGAAAAACCAAAAUCAUGAACGGCGCAUUUAUUUGGAAUCAGACCAUUAUUCUUUAAAUGCUAUAAAAUGCUUUUGUUGAAUUCAGG